AUGGCUCCUGUUGCUCCCGACAUUGAAGAUCCACAAAAUGAGAUCCCACCAUCACCACCGAUAACACCAAAUGAGAAUCUGAAGAAAAAUGAGGGGCAUCAUUUAAGCACGACGUUUAUUGAGAAAGACAAGGUUGAGAAGCUGAUUAUGGAAAAAGAUGAGCCACCGACGUUGGGAAAAAAUCGACAAAACGAUGAGGAUGAUGAGGUGGGAUUCAGUUUU